AUGUCAAAUUGCGAUAAGGGUGAUGGUGGAGGUGAUAAACCUAGUAAAGCAUCACAGGUAGCUGGUGAAAUCUAUGAAACAGCAAGCCUCAUAGCAAUUCCAUUCUCUAAAUUCGUGCCAAUUAUAAACGAUAUUGUGAGUUUUACUGAUGAAAUAACAGGAAUAUAUCAGUCUGCGGAACAUAAUAAACGAAUUAGUCGUGUAUUAGUUGAUAGAGUUGCUGCGGCUGACUCUUCAAUUCGUUUAUUAAAAAUACAUAAAGAUGAUAAUAAAGAUUUUUUUAAUCAAGAAAAUUUUGUGAUCAUGCAAAAACUUUCUGACAACAUACAAAAGAUAAAAAAAUUUAUUGCUGAAGUAACGCAGUUAAAAGGAUUAACAAAAUAUAUUCAUGCGAAAUCCAUCGAAAAUACUUUCUUUGAAUUAACUUCCGAAUUUGAUGGAUACACAAAUACCUUGAAAUUUGGUAUCGCUAUUGACACUCAAGCUCGUACUAAACGAAUUGAAGAUGAAACAAAGAUCAUACAAGAUGAUCUCGAAGAACUUCAUCAGAGUCUUAUUUUGGAUUCAAAAACUAAUCAAGAUCAAAUUCAAGAGGCGAUUGAUAUUCAAAAUCAGCCACUUAAACUCGCUGAUUUUAAAGAAACUGACGAAACACGUGGAAAAAAAAUCAAGAAACAUAUUCGCCUAAUUGAUAGUGAAGCUGUUGCUUUUAAACUUGUAGCUGAUGAAUCUGAUACUCCUGCGGUCAAGAAUGAUAUACGUAGUCAUGUCGCUAUUCUUAUGAAACUUAAGGAUUGCCAUCAAAUAAUUCAAUUUUAUGGUCUUGUUUCUGAUGGCGAGAGACGUUAUUUAGUGUCUGAAUGGGCUGAACUUGGUAACUUACGAGAAUUUUAUGAAAAUUAUGGUGGCCCUAUUGAUGCUAGGAUAAAAAUAAAUAUUGCGGUUGACAUUGCUCGUGGUUUAAACUUUUUACGAGCCAUAGUUCAUCGCGAUAUUCGACCUGAAAAUAUCUUGAUAAAAGCGAAUGAAACUGCCAAAAUUGCCAACUUUUCACUUAGUAGACACUUUAGAGAUGAAACAAGGAGAUUGGCUGUGUCAUUACAAACUGUUCGUUACUCUGCUCCUGAAAUGUUAUACAGAAAUACUAACAAAUAUAAUACUAAAUGUGAACAAAAAGUUCCAUAUAAGCACCUUGAUGACAUUAUGGAAAUUAAAAACCGUGUAGAUAAAGAAAAAUAUCCCGUUGGCGCAGAUCCAGACUUUAGGCCAACUAUAACAGAAAUGUUCAAAACACUUAAAAAACUUCAGGAAAAUUUACUUUCGCAUAGGCCUGUGACUCCUAUAAAUGUACCCAGUGAACCCACUUGUGAAACUAAAGAAAUUCCGCAUAUGCUACUUACUCCCGAUGAUGAUGAUAAUAUUAAAGUUUCUGAGGUUAUUAACUUUGCUGAAUUUAAUUAUAUGACAAUGAAAGAAGCUGCAUUAGCUCAUCGCGUUACUAACGGAAACUUAGAAAUGGCUUACAAAUGCUUCAAUGCAUAUGCAAAAUCAG